AAAUAUAAAAAGUAGAACAAACUAGGUUAAAUUAAAUAAAUAUAUUAUGAGAACACUCUCAGUAGAUUUUAGUUUGAAUUAAUAACUUGAAAAUAGCCUAUAAAAUUUGUAAAAUUAACAAAGCAACUUAAACACAACAAAAUAGAUAGAUUAUAAUAGUCCUGAUGAUAAAAAUAACUCAUUUAUAUAAUUUAACUAAAGCAGAUAUUUCAAUAUUAGUUAAGAUGUGCCAAUGAUUGGAUAGCUAUAAAAAAACUCUUUAUUAAAAAAUUAAAAAGAACAUAUGAAAAUAGGUUUAGAAGGAGACGCCCCACUAAAUUCUAACUCUGUUAUAAAUAGCAUAGAUUAAUUUUCAAAGACCAAGAUUGGUGGUUUUUAAAAUAAGCCAAUACACAAUGUUGCAAAAUCUUUGCAUUAGUUUGAAGAGAAUUAAAAUUUAGAUGCAGAAAUGGCAAAAAAUAACGAAUAAUAAAAAAUAUAAAUUUCUAACUCAAAAUUAGAUAAAGUUGGAGGACAGGAAAAAAUUCAGUAAAUAUUAAAAUGUCUCUUCACAGAUAAAAAAUAAAAGACCGCUAAUUCUGUAGUUACUAAAAAUUUAUCAUGGAAUUAAAGUUUUUUAAUUUCAAGAUUCAUAUACAAAAUGAAAAAAAUGAUUUAGGGCAGAACUCUUACAAAUUUGACAAUAAACAAACUAAAUAUGAUUGGAGAUGUCUGCACAUUAAAUAGUAAUUAAAUAUCAUCAUCCAUAUGGUUAUAGCAAAAUAGCCAUAUUCAUAGAAGCUACUUCUAAUUUUGGAAAAUAAUGGAUUUGUUACAAACCAUUGAGAUUCAAAUACCAGUUAUAGAGCCAGAUUCCUUUAUUUCGCUGAUUACUUCUUUCAUAUUUUUCAUAUCAUCACUUCUACUUAUAAUACUAACUCCAAUGGAAGUCGCUUUCGAACCUUUCUAUUAACAAAACUAAAAUUUUUUGAACUAUAUCCAUUUAUUUAUCUAUGCAGUAUUAAUUUUAGAGAUAUUAGUUUGCCUCAACACUGGUAUCUACAAGAAAGGAGCAAUAAUUAUGAAUAGAAAAGUCAUUUUAUAGAAAUACUUAUCUUCGAGAUUUAUAAUAGACUUUUUAAUAUUAUUUAUUAUAACUAUGUCUCUGAGAUAAGAAAAUUUGGGUGAAAUUAGGCUUUUACUAAUAGUCAGAUUAACUAAUCUAAAAUAACUCUAUGAAUAAAUCGAGUAGUUUUAUCAGCUUACUCAAAAUUAAAUUGCAGUUUCAUAGUUUAUUAAACUUCUAUCUUUUAUCAUUAUGGCAAGCCAUAUCUUUGGAUGCAUGUUUUAUAUUAUUGGAAAAGAUAAUCAAGAUUAAAAAAAUUGGGUCACCAUUACUGGAAUAAAUCAGCUCUCUUGGUUUGAAUAGUAUAUAGCUUCUGUUUAUUGGAGCAUGGUAACUAUUUGUACUGUGGGAUAUGGAGAUAUUGUACCUACUAACGCAAAAGGUUAAAUGAUACUUGAAAAUAUUAGCUAUAAUUUAUAGUGCCAAUAUAAAUUAGACGUUUAUAGCAAGCUUUUAAAAAGUAAAGAGGAGUUGAAAAAUAUUUUUUCUGACUAGUUUAUUGAUGAGAUUAGUUUGAAAAUUGAAGAAAAGACAUUUAUGCCUGAAGAAAUUAUUUAUACCAAAGGAGAUCCUUCAGAUAAGUUCUUUAUUAUAAUUGAAGGAAAGGUUGAGCUAUUGCCCAUAGAAUCUUAAUUAAAGUAGCAAAUAUCUCCAAGUCUAAUUUAAUUUUUACAUAAAGGAGAUAUCUUUGGAUAUGAAGAUUUUAUUUGCCAAAAUACAAGAAAAUUCAUAGCAGUCUCGAAAACAAAAACAUAUGCAGGGUUAGUUUCUUACUAACAAUUUUAUGACAUCCUGAAAAAAUAUUCAAAAGAAUAUGAAAUAUUUUGUAUGAUUAGAGAUAAUGCAAAUCAUCAAAAAAUAUUAGAUACAUCUGUAAAUAUGAAAUGUCUUUGCUGCCACUAGAAGGAUCAUUAAAUAGUAUAUUGUCCUUGCAUACAUUUUACUGCGAACACUAAAAGUUUAAUUAAUAAAUUUAAAUAUUGCAAAGACUAGAGAAGAUAAGAGUAUUCUAAAAGAAAGUGUAAAAAACUUAAGUCUACUUAGCUGCUUAAAGAAUUAAUAAAAGCCUAAAUAAAAAUAUCUUAGAACACAGAACUUUUGAAAGAACUCAAAAAGGGAAUUGAGAAAAAAGAAAAAGAUUAAUAAAAUAUAAGCUCUAACUCCAGCUUAUUAGAAAACUCAGAUAGUUCUACAAGUUCAUCAAAUUAAACUAUUAAUUAACAAUAAGGUGAUAUCUGCGGCAGCUAAAAAAAUAUUAAUGAAAUUAAGUCUCACACUAAAAUAUUAUAAGAAUAAGAAUUAUAAAAUCAAGAAUAAAUUUAAAAGUCUAUUUCAAACGCUGAUACUAAUUCUAUAUAAAAUAAAACUUUUAACAGCAUUAAUUUAGAGGAAAACAUACUUAAAAAAUCUAAAUAACUAUAGUUCAUCAAAUAAAAAAGUAGAGAUUAACUUAAAUAAUAAGUGUAAGCAUAAAUACAAAAUAGUAUUUUAAUAAAUGAAAAUAUCAGCAUACAUGAGCCAACUGAAGGCUCAACAUAUCAAAAGUAAGAAGAGCAAGAUUAUAUUGAAGGUGUAUUAGAAAAAAAAAGCUAAUAAGAGAUUUUAGAAUACAACAUGAACUGCUUAGAUUUAAAGAGUUUUAACAACUUCAAUUAAAUUUAAUUUGAAGAAAAACCUCCUUCAUCAACAUAUUUUCCAGAUCAAAAUAACAAAGCAAUAAAAUUCUAAGAAGACAGUUAAAGCUAGAAUUCAAAGUAACAAUAACAAUUAUUAUCUCAUCAUCGCCAAAGUGUUUCAAAACAACAUGUGAAGAGAAAAAGUGAAUAUUUUAAAAAUAAGAAGGCCAUUUAAACAAUUCAAGAAUUGCAAUACGAAAUUAUUUAAAAUAUAAAACUAUAAAUGUCUCCUAAAAUUUAAAAAUAAGAUGAAGAUCCUGGUCUUUAAAAAUUAGAUAAAUUUUAAUAAUUAAACGAAUACUAAUUCGCUUAUCUUAAUAAAAGGAGAGAAGAUAUGAAUUAAAGGUUUUAAUAAGAACGACACAGCAAAUUAUUAUUAGAAAAUAGUUUUUUUAUCUUUGACUCUCUAAAGAGUUACAAGCAUUAUUUUCCUCAUAAUAACUUAAGUCAAGUUUUAUCUUCUCUAAGUUAAUAUAAGUUAAAGAAAGGUAUCCAGCAAAAAAAAUUACUGAUAAAAAAAGCAUUUAAAUCUAAAAAAAUUAUUUGA